UAAAAAGCGGCGGAAGAAGGUGGGAGGGUCAUGACGCAGCGAGUUUCAGUCGUGACUUUUCCGGGGGCUUCUCGGCGCCCUUUUUUUUUCCCUUUAAAGUAAAAGGUCGCCCCAGCGCAUCCCCCAGCGCACUUCGCGGGGCGGAGGCGGCGGGCCGCGGCGGGGGCAGGGCGCCGCUGACGUGGGCCGGGGGCCGGCCGCGGCGGGCGGUCACGUGGGCGUGUUGUGGGGGGAGGGGCGCCGCCGCGCGGUCGGUUCCGGGCGGUUGGGAGCGCGCGAGCGAGCGAGAGGCAGCCGCGCCCGCCGCCGCCCCUCUCUGUAUGCCGCUGUCCCCCGGCGCGGCCGCCGCGGAUCGCAGCAGCAGGAGCCGCCGCCGCCGCGGUUGAUGUGGUUGGGCCGGGGCUGAGGAGGCCGCCAAGAUGCCGCAGUCCAAGUCCCGGAAGAUCGCGAUCCUGGGCUACCGGUCUGUGGGGAAAUCGUCAUUGACAAUUCAGUUUGUUGAAGGCCAAUUUGUUGACUCCUACGAUCCAACCAUAGAAAACACUUUCACAAAGUUGAUCACAGUAAAUGGACAAGAAUAUCAUCUUCAGCUUGUAGACACAGCUGGGCAAGAUGAAUAUUCCAUCUUUCCUCAGACAUACUCCAUAGAUAUUAACGGUUAUAUACUUGUGUAUUCUGUUACAUCAAUCAAAAGUUUUGAAGUGAUUAAAGUUAUCCAUGGCAAAUUGUUGGAUAUGGUGGGGAAAGUACAAAUACCUAUUAUGUUGGUCGGGAAUAAGAAAGACCUGCAUAUGGAAAGGGUGAUCAGUUAUGAAGAAGGAAAAGCUUUGGCAGAAUCUUGGAAUGCAGCUUUUUUGGAAUCUUCUGCUAAAGAAAAUCAGGUAGGUAUUUUCUAAAACCCUUUUCACGUUGUCUUCCUAUCAGUCACAGGUGUUAUGUUCCUCUUAGCACUAACCUCUCUCUCUAUCACUUCUGUUUAAUUUUUAGCUUUUCCAUCAUUUCUGAUACCAAGUGCUGGGUUGCUU